AGCAAUCAUUCAGCUGAAAGAAGACCGGCACGUCUUGAACAAGUCAUUUCUGGCUCCACUUUAGUGGUUAGGGUAUUGCUGUUCGCUCAAACUUGAAAGAGUGGCAUGGAUCAAACCGAGAGUGCAGAAGAGGACGGCGUGUUCACGACCAUUUCUUUAGCCAAUGAUUCGGUAGAUUCUGGAUCAACCGUCUGUGAUUCAAAACUCGACUGUGAACAGGUCAUGAUGAAUGCAGAUAUGGAAGUAAUUGACCCUGAGAACCAAGUAGAAUUAGAAGAGAAAACACGACUGAUUAAUCAAGUGUUGGAACUUCAACACACUUUAGAAGAGCUGUCUGCACGCGUGGAUGCUGUAAAAGAAGAGAAUCUGAAACUAAAGUCUGAAAAUCAAGUUCUCGGGCAGUACAUAGAAAAUCUCAUGUCGGCUUCUAGCGUUUUCCAGACAACAGACACAAAAAGCAAACGAAAGUAAGGGCCAGUUUGAUUUGGUCAUCAGAAUUGGGAUGUGUACACACAUUCUCUUUCUAGAAUGUCAAGUGAUUUGCUUCAGUUUCUUAAGAUGUCUGACUAAUUCAACUUGACUGGCCUGGAAUAACAGAUUUUUAAAAAGUUGUUGCUUUUUUUCGUUUAACCUCCAUGGCCUGAAUUCAUCUAAGGAUGCAUUUUUAGGAAAUUUUGAGCAUGGCUUGUUGCCCCUUGUUAACAGGUUUACACUUGGAAAUAUGUUGUAGCAUAAUCGUUCAGACCCAGUAAUAUCAAAAUGGUUCCAUGAUUAUUACAGCACAGUGGGUUUUUUUGGAGAGUGUGGUCUAUAAAGGGAUGCUACAGUUUUGAUACUGAUUCUGGGGCUUCAGUGUAAUUUACAUGUUGCUGUUGCCUCUAGUUUAACUUGAACUAGGUACAAAGCAUAAUUUAGAUUAAGAAAAACAUAGUGCAAUAUAAUGUCAACACUAGAAAAGUGAAUUGUCUUAACUUUGUAUAUGCUGAUCAGUAAAUGCCACCUGGUGACCUCCUUUGUGUACAGUGAUAUGCUUACCUUACAUUUUUGCUAUAUGUAUUUGCCGUAAUAAAACAUUAAUUUUUUAAACUA